GUCUUGUUAAUCUUAUAUAGAUACAGCACCUUCAGUAUAAAUUAACUCAUUGAAGGUAGACGAUCAGUUGGUUCUUUGUCAGUGUGUGUUGGGCAAGAGAUUUUUUCGAAUAUGGACAAGUUGUAUAUGAUUGGUGUUUUGGCACUCUGCUUCGCAGGUGUGUUUUCUGAUGACCUUCCAGUGACACAACAGUGUUUAGGAUGUCUUUGUGAAGCAAGUUCCAAUUGUGAUAUCAGUGGGAAUUGUGCUGGAGAUGUCUGUGGUCCUUUUAGAAUAACUUGGGCGUAUUGGGCGGAUGCUGGAAAACCGACAGUCAACAACGAGGCCCCUGAUGCACCUCAAGCUUAUUUACACUGUGCUUCUGACACCUACUGUUCAGCCUUAGCUGUGCAAGGAUAUAUGCAGAAAUUCCAACAGGAUUGCAAUGGAGACAACCGAAUUGACUGUGAUGACUUCGCCCUCAUCCACAAACACGGAGGUUACGGUUGCAAAGGUCAAACACUUCCUGCUGUCUUCGGCCAACGCUACCAACAAUGCAAAAUCUUAGUAGGUGGACAAGGACAACAAUAAAAGAACUGACUCGAUAUAAUUAUAGGAAAAUCCAGGUAUUAUUCGAUAUUGGACGUCAUAGUAACAGCUUAACAUCUGUGAAUGAGUAAUAAGAUGAAUAUUGAAGAUUGGAAUGUUGAAUAAGUUAAUAAAAUACAUUUAUUUAUUU